CUCGGCCCACCUCAAAGACGUUUUAAGCUCGAUAAACAUGUUUUCCAUCGCUUGAUAAAAAUAAAUUAUACAAUUGUGUAAAUUGCGAUAACCCGAAGCCACACGACUUAUUUAAAUUACAAUAGGAGGGCCUGGUCUGUGUCGCUUAAUUUACUGUACAAUUGGUUUUGAUAGAAUAUAGACGUCGACGAUGGCCUCGCUGCGAAAGACUACUACUCCCUUCGUCAGCCUCCUCAAACGCAACUACUCCAACGUCGCCCCCACAACCAAGCUCUUCAUCGAUGGCGCCUUCGUCGACUCAAAAGCCAGCGCCUGGAUUGACCUCCACGAUCCGGCCACCAACAACCUGGUAACACGAGUGCCACAAAGUACCCAAAGCGAAAUGGAGGCUGCUGUCGAAUCCGCCAAAAAAGCGUACGAAACGUGGCGCCAGACUUCAGUAUUAACUCGCCAGCAACUAAUGCUCAACUUGCAACACGUGAUACGACGAGAUAUUAAGAAGCUAGCCGCUAACAUCACAGUCGAGCAGGGCAAGACUCUGGCGGAUGCCGAAGGUGACGUUAUGAGGGGAUUACAGGUGGUUCAGCACAGUUGUGCCGCAGGGAGUCUUCUUCAGGGCGAAUCGUUGCAGAACAUAGCGAAAGAUAUGGAUAUUGUGUCGUAUAGGGUUCCGAUUGGUGUGACUGCGGGGAUUUGUCCGUUCAACUUUCCCGCUAUGAUUCCGUUAUGGAUGUUCCCAAUGGCGUUGAUUGCGGGGAAUACCAUGGUGGUUAAGCCGUCGGAGAGGGAUCCAGGGGCUACGAUGUUACUCAUGGAGUUGUUGAAUGAAAUUGGGUGUCCACCGGGUGUUGUGAACGUGAUACACGGAAGUCACGACGCUGUCAACUUCAUUUGCGACAAUAAAGAUAUUCAAGCUAUAAGCUUCGUGGGCUCUGACAAAGCCGGAAAGUACAUCUAUGAACGCGGCGGUGCUAAUGGGAAACGCGUCCAGUCGAACAUGGGUGCCAAAAACCAUGCUGUGGUUCUUCCAGACGCCGACAAGAGCGCUACCAUUGACCAGUUGAUCGGUGCCGCCUUCGGUGCCGCCGGCCAGCGUUGUAUGGCUUUGAGCGUCGCCGUCCUCGUCGGAGAAACCCGGGAGUGGAUUCCCGAAAUUGUUGAAAGAGCCAAAAAAUUAAAAGUGAAUGCAGGACACGAGCCUGGGACUGAUUUGGGUCCAGUGAUCUCCCCACAAGCUAAACAAAGAAUCCUGAGUUUGAUAGAAUCGGGGAUCAAACAAGGAGCGCAGUGUCCUUUGGAUGGCAGAGGCUUGGUGGUGGAAAAAUAUCCCAAUGGUAAUUUCGUGGGUCCUACCCUACUCACGGGGGUGCAGCAGUCGUUCGAAUGCUACAAAGAAGAGAUCUUCGGGCCCGUGCUCAACGUCAUGUUUGCCGACACUCUAGAAGAUGCUAUUAAAAUAAUUAACGCAAAUCCAUACGGUAACGGUACAGCGAUUUUCACCAGCAAUGGCAGUCAUGCCAGACAGUUUGUCGACCAAAUCGAUGUGGGACAAGUGGGGGUGAACGUCCCGAUUCCGGUACCUCUACCCAUGUUUAGCUUCACGGGGUCGAGAGGCAGUUUUCAUGGGGAUUUGCACUUUUACGGGAAGCAGGGACUGCACUUCUAUACGGAAACUAAGACGAUUACUUCGUUGUGGAGGAAGGGUCAAGCGGUAUCGAAGAAGUCAGUGUCGAUGCCUGUUCAUAAUUAAUUUUUUUGUGGUUGGCAAUAAAGCGAAGCGUUGA